AUGCGCACCAUCCAGACCAAAAUUGACGUCUCAUCUGCUGGUGCUCGGCCUUUGAGAAAUGUGGUCUAUCCAGAGCACUUCUCGCACGUGGCCGUGCCCUUCAACACGAAUAUGGUCUUUCCGGCACUUCUAUGCGUGUGUUUUCUUCUUCUGCACGAGCGACGCGUGGAGGCGGGAGCAAAGCCCCUGCUAGCAGAUCACCGUCGCAACAGCACGGUGCUCCUGCAGACGGCAUUUCUGGCAUUUUGGCUGGUGCCCUUCCUCAUCGACUCCAUGUUCAUUCCCUUAUCACUGGAUUUUGCUUUGGCUAUGGGAGAGUCUGCAACUGCCAGUGGUGUUUUUCUCGGGACAGCAGCCGCUGGUUCUACUGUCGGGAUCAUCAUAGGGCGGGGCUUCACCAACGAGACAGACUGGAAUCAGAAGUAUGCUCGAAAGAUAUUUCUGUACAUGUACGGGCUUUCCUUGAUGGCCAUGCCGGCUAUAGCUAUAAGCAUCCAGGCUUCUGUUGACUGGAGCCUUGAUUCCAAACGGAAGGUCUUUUGGUUCGUGGUUGUGCUGAACUUUUGCACCACAUGUGUCGGUAGCAUUCCAGUCGUUGCCUGGAGCACCAUGUGGAACAUGAUCACGCCACAGAGCGAGAAGACUUUCUGGAUGAUGCUGACUCAAUCCGCACGAAACGCAGGGUUCAUUCUGGGGCCUCUCUACUUGACCGGCCUUAGUCACUUCGUUCGAAAGGUCCGAGAUGUCCGUGCUGUAUCCCCCAUUAGCAUGAUGAGCUGGGCUUUCAUGGGCUCCUUUCUCAUCCAGUUUGUCGAGCUGGUAGCCUAUGCCUUGAUCAUCCCCACCCACCUUCAACCCGCGGCUGAUGCAGAAGAGGUGGAGAUCUUGUCCGAACAGGAGGCUUCAGAUGUACAUCCGGAGAAGCUGCCAGCAAAAGCUCGCGAGCAGAUGGUGUGGGAUGUGGUCUUCUACUGCUACGAGCGAACAUUUUCCACAGGAGCCAUCGAAGUCGCCACGAUCAUGCUUCUCGAGGUUUCUUACGGGUGGUCUCCAGAACUCUCGGGAGUGUCAUUCGUUGUGAUUGCCGCAGGGAGCUUGCUACUUACUGGAGUGUCUGCCAUGGUUCUCUCGAAGAAGCUCAUGACAGAGUCCAGGAUCUUUCUAAUCAUGACAUGCUUGGGCUUCGCUGGGUCCAUUAUGCUCUUUGACUUUCACUUCUUUGGUGCUGGCAGCUUGUUGGCUGCUGAUGCCUUGGUCUAUGGUGGAGCGAGCGUUGCUAACGGCAUUGCUGAAGGUUGGGCAUGUCGUGCGGCAACUGCUGGAACAGCAUACAACAUCGAGACCUUUCGAGCGCACAGUGUAGCCGGCGUGAAUGUCAGCCGGUUUCUUGCCCCGAUCAUUGCACGAUUCCUCUUGGAAUUCGGGGGCCGCAACCUCUAUGCAGCCAUGCAGUCGUUCCUGUGCUUCGUGGCGGCAGUCACAGUUCAUCGGAUUGUUUCCUCCGCGACGGCAUCUCAGCAGGCUGUCAAAGGACAUGCUAGCCCGGACGAGAGUGCAAACUCCGGGGCAGCGAGUUCUAUUUGCUUGUACCUUCCUGCAUCGGGAUGUCUUACUCCACGAUCCGAGGGGCCGGCCUCUGAGAAAGAGAUCAGAGUUCCGACCAGCGGCGGGCUUCUCAUCAGCCGCGGAACCACAACCAGCGAGCAACUCCGUCAGCUCCAGCGACUGAACCGCCUGGCCGAGAAUGGCAAGGUGGAGGAGGCAACAUCACUGCUUGAAGGACUCCUCCAGGAUCAGCUGACUGUCGCCAGCCCACGGGUGAUCUACAACACGGGGAUCAAGGCCUGCGCCAAGGCAGGCAACCUUCAAGAAGCAGAGCGCCUGUGGCAGUCUAUGGGCGAAGCGCGGAUUCAUCCGAACACGAAAAGCUUCGGGAAGAUGAUGGCCGCAGCUGCUAGACUUGGGAACCGUGAGGCAGCAGAGCAAUGGUACGCGCGGAUGAAGGAGUUUGGGGACUCUCCGGUGAAUCGGGUUCAGUUUCACAUUCUCCUCCAGGCAUGCGCCAAGGCUCAAGACACCACGGCAGCCGAGAAAUGGUUCCAGGAGAUGGUCGCAACUGGUGCACAGCCGGAGCAAAAACACUUCAACAGCAUGGUUGAGACAGGAGCACGGGCAGGCAACUUCUCCUUUGCACAGGCCUGGUUUCAAAAGGCCAAAGACUGGGCUUUUGACCUGGAUCCAUCGCUGUUGGUCAAUGCUGCGGGUAAGAGCUUAGAGACGGAAACGGCCGAGAAGCUUUUCGUCGAGCUGGCUUCACCAGGCCUGCCGGAGUACAAGUACGUGCUCGAUGCUUUUGCACGCCACGGAAACUGGACACGGGCUAGAUAUUGGUAUGACCAGGCUAUGCAAAUGGGGAUACCAGUGAGCCUUGACAGAGAGAUUGUGCUGACCAUGAUGUUUGCGGCAGCACGCAGUGGCAACACCGUAGCAGCCGAGCAGCAGAUGCUAGAAGCCAGGGCGGCCGGGAUGGAAGACCAUGCAGGCAUGUAUACGGCGCUGAUAACCGCUGCUGCCCAAUCGCAGGAUUAUGAGUUGGCAGAGAAGUGGCUGCAAGAAGCACGGAAAGCUGGGUUAACUCAGCCUGAGCAGUACAACUCUGCGAUAAAUGCAGCUAGUCGGUGUGGACAGCUAGACUCUGCGGAGCAUGUUGCCGCACUGGCAGAGCUAGAUGGUGUGGCUCUCAACGACUACAGCUUCUCUGGAUUGAUUGUGGCAGCUUACAGUACCAACGACAUGGCCGCCGCAGAACGCUGGUUCCAGCGUGCUGUGGAUGGUGGUGGACUGAGCACUCUGCUUAUCAACACAGCCGUCCACGAAGCAGCGAGGUGUAACAAUCUGACCGCUGCUGAAGGCUUUUUCCGCCACUUUGAGACGUCUGCUCUGGAACCCGAUGCUUGGAGCUUUGUAGAGAUAGUCAGAGCAGCUUCCCAUGCUGGAAACCUGGCCGCGGCAGAGCGUAGGAUGGAGGAGGCACUCGCGGCUGGGCAUACGCAACUCCCAAAUCUGUAUAGCUCUGUCAUCAACUGUGCAGGGAGCACAGGUGAUCAUGCAUCAGCUGAGAGGUGGUUUCGGCGGGCCACAAAUUCUGGCAUUAUACCAGACAUGUCAUUUUUCAACAAGGUUCUUGCAAAUCUGGCCAGGCGCGGAGACUGGGGAGCAGUCCAACGAUGGCUGCAAAUUGCUAGGCAACGUGGUGCAGUGCUGAACAGAAUGACCUAUACUACGUUAAUCAGCGCCGCUUCCAAGCGGGGGCAUGGGAAAUAUCAGCAGCAGCAGGGUGCGGCGAAUCUAUUGGAAGCUACAAGACUGCUCAAUGAAGCCCUGGCUGGUGGCAUAACCGUAGACAUUAUACUGAUGAACAGUGUCCUUGCAGCAGCAGCGCAGGCUGGAAGGCUGAAAGAAGCAGAGGAUGUCUACCAGACUGCCCUUGAGGAAGGGCUUUCUCCCACGGCCGUCACUUUCAACACCCUCAUCAACGCCGCCUUAAGGGCAGAAAACUUACAGAAAGCUGAGGAUUGGCUGCAGCGAAGUAAAGACUUUGGAUUCUGGCCCACUGCUCAGACUUUUACACCCUUUCUGGCAUAUGCCGGCAGGAUGCAAGAUGUCACGCUUUCCGAAACAUGGCUUGAUCGUAUGCUCGCGGAGGGUGUGAAACCGGACCUCAUCACAUACAGCACCCUCAUAUCUGGUGCCGCGAAGGCCGGCAACCCACAGGUGGCAGAGGUUUGGCUACAGCGUGCAAUAGCCGCCGGCAUGAGACCAAACAAGGUAUGCUAUGCUAGUGUCAUGGAUUCCUAUGCACGAAAAGGAGAUGCGAGUCAAUGCUUGGCUCGGUUUUCAGACAUGGAGCUGGCUGGCGUAAACGGUGGCAUAAUGGAGCUGAAUGUCGCUCUGAAGGCGUGCGCGUCUGCCGUACCUCCAGAUGAAGACCGUGCAGCGCUAAUUCUGGAGAUGAUAUCUGAACGCCGCCUGCAUCCGGACUUGACGACGGUGCAACACUUGUCGAAGGUGCUGGGCGGCCAUGAAGCCGCAGCAAGUGCAGCUGGCGCAGUUGGCUUGGAUUUGCAGGCCACGCUUCGGGUUUAG